AUGGUGCCCACAUUAUUCCAAGCGAUCUGUUCCACAGGCAUCGCUCUUGCAAUCUACACAGCAAGCCUAGCCGUCUACCGUCUCCUCCUGUCCCCGCUCGCUAAAUUCCCCGGCCCAACGCUCGCCGCCCUAACCGGUUGGUACGAAGUCUUCUUUGACGUCCUCCUCGGUGGCCAGUUUAUGUGGGAAAUCGAGCGUCUCCACGGAAAAUUUGGUCCCAUUGUGCGCAUCAAUCCCCAUGAACUCCAUAUCAAAGACCCGGACUACUACAAUACUCUCUAUGCAGGCCCCACAAAGCGACGAGACAAGUACCUCUGGUUUCUGUCUGUCGGAGCUCCGGCCUCGACCUUCGCCACGGCGAAAUAUGAUCAUCACCGCUUGCGAAGGAGGAUGCUUAGUCCCUUUCUCUCCAAGCAAGCUGUCAGGGAUCUGGAAGGGGUUAUUAAGGGGAAGUUAGAUUUGCUUUGUGGGCAUAUGAACAAGGCUAUGAGAAGUGGUGAGGCAUUGGAAUUGCAUGCUUCUUUUGUGUCAUUUGCUGUGGAUGUCGUUUCGACCUGUGCAUUUGGGGAGACCGGGUGCCUCGAAGUGUUGAGGAGGGAAAGACUAGAUGACCGAUGGAAGCAGGCCGUAAAUGACGCCUUUGCUAAGUUGAUUCUGACUAGGCAUUUCCCUUGGCUAGUGGUUGUUUUUCGUUUCCUGCCCUUGUGGCUCACUGCUCUAAUCACCCCUGUGGUGCGGUAUAUAGAUUAUAUGGAACAGGAGGUUGAGCACCAAAUGCAAUACGUGUAUGCGAAGAACCAGGACGGUAUCAAGGAGAAUGGCAUCUUCUCGCAUCUUAUGCACAAUCAGAAACUACCUCUGAAGGAGAGGGCGCUGGAUAGAUUGACUGAUGAUGCCAAAUUUCUGAUGUUUGCCGGGACCGACGCUCCGUCUCAGGUUUUGGCCAUCACAAUGUUCCAUGUUAUUCGCUCUCCGCUGGUCUGUCGAAGUCUACGCGAGGAGCUGCAGGAUAGGACUGCACAUUCACAAGAUGAGCUUUGUUUGAACAUGCUUGAAAAGCUUCCAUAUCUGACUGCAGUUAUUAAAGAGGGGCUUCGUGUCUCGGCCGUUGUCACGUCACGUCUCCCACGGAUUGUACCUAAUGAAACGCUGGAGUUUAGGAGCUGGAAGAUUCCCCCAGGGACUCCAGUGAGCAUGUCCAGCCACUUUAUUCUGCGAGAUCCCGCUAUAUUCCCUGAUCCACUGGUCUUUCAGCCUGAGCGAUGGCUAAAGCAAAGUACUAUCGGCUUGAGCCUGGACAGAUAUCUUGUGCCCUUCUCAAAGGGAAGCCAAGGAUGUUUAGGGACAAAUAUGGCUUAUGCUUGGCUGUACCUAGCCUUAGCUACACUGCUGCAGAGAUUCGAGUUCUCGCUGUUUGAAACUACUGAAGAGAAUGUUCGGACGGUUAGGGACUGUUUCAAUGGACAGACAAAACCUGGACAAAACAAUAUACGGGUGAAAGUGUUGACGGAGUUUACGUAA